UUUGGAUCACAUGACCCUGUCUCCUGCAUGCAGUUUUUGGUAUUAAAAUGUUUUCUGUUCCACCAACCAUUGUGUUGUUGCACAUUUGACAUGACGGAUCCACGUUAAUCGAUUUCCCCGAGAUUAAACCUGCCACCAACAUUGGGGACUGACGAGACAGGAGGCGAACGACGUUCCAGCUGAUAUCGUUGAGUCUGUGCAUUAAUAUAUAAAGUCAGGAGCUGUUGUCGGUAAAAGGAGCUAGCGCUAGCUGACUGGUCGGACUGGUGACGAGGCCCCAACCAACCGGACGGAACACUGGGGGAACCAUGGCCAAUAUUGCUGUUCAGAGGAUAAAACGGGAGUUCAAGGAGGUCCUGAAGAGCGAAGAGACGAGCAAAAACCAAAUAAAGGUAGACCUGGUGGAUGAGAACUUCACAGAACUCAAAGGAGAAAUAGCAGGCCCCCCUGACACGCCAUAUGAAGGAGGUAGAUAUCAACUAGAAAUUAAAAUUCCAGAGACGUAUCCAUUCAAUCCACCCAAGGUGCGGUUUAUCACAAAGAUCUGGCAUCCCAAUAUCAGCUCAGUCACAGGUGCAAUAUGUCUGGACAUUCUUAAAGAUCAGUGGGCAGCAGCCAUGACCCUGAGGACGGUCCUCUUGUCAUUACAAGCCUUACUGGCAGCAGCAGAACCAGAUGAUCCACAGGAUGCUGUGGUAGCCAAUCAGUUCAAACAGAAUCCAGAGAUGUUUAAACAGACGGCAAGACUCUGGUCUCACGUCUACGCAGGAGCUCCCGUCUCCAGUCCGGAGUACACACGCAAAAUAGACAAACUCUGUGCCAUGGGCUUUGAAAAAAAUGCAGUUAUAGUGGCAUUGUCGUCAAAAUCCUGGGACGUGGAGACGGCAACAGAGCUCCUCCUCAGUAACUGAAUUUUGACACCCUUCGUGUUCCUCCUGAUCCACACGUCUGUCUUCAACUGUACACACCGUCUCUCCUCCAAACUCCUGCUAUCUGAAGGCGAAUCCUGCUCGAUCCCACCCUCUGUUUUACAUUGGACUCAUUCCCCUUCUUCCCCUCUAUCCUUACCGUGUGACACCUCCUCUGUCACCUCUGCUGUAUCACACUCCAAUCAUCUUCUCUUUCAGCUCAUACCUCUGGUUUCUUUAAGGCUAACAUUCCACUUAGGGAUACAAUCAGAAAUCCACAUCUAACUCCGUCUUUGAAGCAAAGUAGAUACCAAACCCUGCCCAUUUGUCACUCUUUGUCCCGGUUUUCUGGCUUUGUCCAAAAAGCAGCUCUCCAGCAGCUUAUCUUUGCCUAUGCAGUUCAUUUAUUUUCAUUCAUGCUAACCUUUUGUUGGAGAGGUUCAAGCCAUUUAAGGCAGCUUUGUUUUAGUUUUUAGCACCUGAUUCUUACUCGGCACACUUUUGGCUUGUUUUCGAAACAGAGAUCAAACAUCUCGAUGAAACUUCUUGAUCUCAACUCAUCCGGUUUAGUGUGGACACACUCUUAGAGAACAGACAGCUAAGUUAAGGGAUCAGUUUUUUGGCAUCAACAUUGUGCUGAUAACUGAGAACGUCUUGCUAACAAUGUAUUGUAGUGUUGGUAUAGUUAAUUGGACAGAAAAAUAAGCAUCAGAGAAAAAACCAAUCACAUUUUUGUGCUGUCAUGGAGGAAUUCAGUACAUACUGUAGUACAACGUAUAGGUCUUCUUAUUCUACGUUCUUGAAAACAGCUCAUUAAAUGUCUUACAGGUGUUCUUGCAGUAGCCAUCAUGCCAGGUUUUGCCCCCCUCAUCAGUCAACGUCUGGCAGCUCCUGUAGGACAUUCCUGUCCUCCACUUUUGCCACACGUGGCUUGAAAUGACUUUUCUUCAUCUGGCCUUCUCCUUUUCUUUUUAAAACACUUUUAUUUAGGAACAUGGAUGCAUUUGAUUUCUUGUUUUUAAUCUGAGAGAAAAGCAAACAAAAUUGAUGUUCAAUACAACCUGUGACAAGUCUAGAAGAAUAUGACAUCUUAAUUGCAUCAACAGAUAAAUGUCAAUGACCCAUCUGUAAAUAAAAAGAAUAAAGUCUGUGUAAAUUAA